ACCUCUUAUCUUUACUAUAUUCUGACAGUCUAUUUAUCUCAGUGCCUUUAUGAGCAAGAGCAGACUGUAAGAGAGUUCACAGCUUUCCACCGACUGCAGAAACGCACAGUUACAGGCUGCUGAUAAUGGAAAAAGGACAAUUUCCCCCUCCAUAUGCAUCACAAGUGGUCCAAAACAACAUAUCCUACCAGGCACCGCAGGUUGCCUUUCAAAACCAACCAGCUCCAAUGGCCACCGUUUACCCAGCUCCAGCUCCACAGAUGCAAUUCACGACUGCAGCUCAGCCUGCAUUUGUGCCUGCCACUGCUCCAAUGGCACAGCCUGCAAUUCAGAUGGUCCCGGCUCCUGCGCCGGCCCCGGAUGCAGUAAUUAUUCCAGCACGUAUGACUACUGUCGCGGGGCGGAUGAAAUGUCAAUACUGCCAGAAGGAGGUCGUAACAGAGAUGAAAUAUGUCAAUGGCAUGAUGGUGUGGGCCAUUUGUGCGAGUCUUGGUUUUUUAGGGAUCUGGCCAUGUUGUUUGAUUCCAUUCUGUGUGGACGGCUGCAAGGAUGUAGAGCAUAGCUGUCCACACUGCAAAACCAUCAUCCAUGUGCACAAACGCAUGUAGCUUGUUCUGAAGCAAAGAAAAUCUGAAGUUCUGAAGUGUCUGAAAUGGCAGCAUUAUCUGGACUUUAGGGGGAAAGUGUGUACGGUUGCAACACUUUUUGCAUUUCCUUCAGUUUCUCAGAGACUGUGUGUGUUGGAAAGCCAAAAUUUUAAUGCUUUAAAACUACAUCUGUCAGCUGUAAUGUGUGAACAUAUGACUAUAUAUAUAUAUAUAUAUACAAAUUGCUCUUGAACAGACAAGGUCAAAUGCUACAAUUGACCUCAUAACAGGGACAGUUGGAACAUUCAUAAAAAUGUUAUAAAAUCGUUCUUUUACAUCAUUUUAAGAAAUAAAUCGGUAAAAUAACAGAAAACGUAGUGGCACCAUUAAUUUUAUGUGCAUUUCUGUUCUAAAAUACAACGCAAUGUCAUGUAAAAUACAGGUAAAACACUUUUAAAAAAUAAAUGGAAAUAAUUUCCCUCAAAUUAAUACAGGUAGGUGUGCCUUAUAUUUACAGAUCUUUUUUUCACUGCAUGCUACAAACAUUUUUCUGAUAAAUGUGCUUUAUGUGGUAACAUAAAUUAACUGCUUUUUAUGCAAGUCAAAAAGUCAUUCAGUUUGAUGAAAUCACCCUGACAAAUUACAAUUAACUUAAGUAAAUUAUGUUAGUUAUCAAGUGUAAAUCUUGAAAAUCUUGAAAUAUCAGAUAAAGUUGCAUUUUUUUCUAGUACAGCUUUUGUUUAGUGUAGCUACCUCCCAAUUUGUUUUUGUGCCCCUUUGGCCACCUUUAUUUCCAGGACACCCUGAUGACAUUUUCAACAUGCACAGUAAGGACAAUUAACAUUCACAUGUGUAUGUUUGUCUGCAUUCUCUUAAUAACUAAGUCGCUUAUCUAUAGCACCAUCCAAUGACUGACAAAACUAGCUAAACUACUCUACACUGAAGUUACUGUCAGUGACGCAGCUAAAAUCUCACUUAUCCUUACGUCUGAGAGAGAUAAAAGCUAGUUUAUCCACAUCAACCCACAGAGAGCAUUCCAGUGACCCAAGUGUUUCAGCCUGCAUCAGCACCUGGUUCCAAAUAAAGGUUGCAAAAAGUU